AUGAUCAAGAAACUCGGAUUUGCCAUAGGCAUCGUACUCGCCAUACUCAACGUGCUCACCUCAGCUGAAGCGAGAAUCUGCACCACCGGAGUUUGCAAUGCUGUUGCCGAUGCGUUCCAAGCAUCGAUCAACACCUCCCUGAACCCAUGCGACGACUUUUAUUCGUAUGUUUGCCUGGGCUGGCUGAAGAAAGAUCCGAAUUUCCUCGGAGGCAAGUUCGGCCCGACUGGCACAAUCAUUCGGGUGGUCGAGGCCAACAUGAUCAUUCUUGGGAAAGCCUUAAAAAAAAUGUCGCAGAAACCGAUAUCAAUGCUCCGAGAUUCUGAAAAUCAAGCAGUCGCUUUCUUCUCGAGCUGCAUUCAUGCUCACAGCUCGGGACCAAAGAUCUCAGCGGAGAGUACUCUACGGCGAUUCUUUCAUUCGGUGAGACUCGAGUAUUUCGACGAGAUGCCCAAUCCGAACGUAACCGGGUUCUCCGUGCUCUUCGACCUAGCUCUAAAAUACGACAUCGACUUGCUAUUCUCGGUAGACAUCGCAUCGGACUCCUUCAGAAUGGGGCGGAGUUAUACUCCGAGGCUCUUUGAUCCCUCGAUGCGGGUGACGGGGAAUUUUUCGGACUACUGGAAACCUAUCUUAUUAGAGUCCGCCAAAGAUACGUCGAACGAUCCCAAGAUAUUGAAUGAACUCUCUUCAGUGUUCUCUGCGGCUGGACUAUCGAUUGAGCGGUCCCGGCUUCUCAGAUACGGCAGGAAUCACUUCGCCGUGGAAAACGCAACCAAACACUUGUUCCUUGUGCGCAAUAGGCGUCAGCGGAGAACCUUCGCCGAAUGGAAAAAACUGACGAGGUUCCCUUGGUUCAAGUUUUUCAACAUUCAUGUCGUGAAUUUGGCGAAAAUCAACGAGGAAACGCACGAGCUCAAUUUCGAUCAGGAAUUUUUCGAUGGUAUUGCGAAGAUCUCGAGCGAUUUCGAAACGAUGCAAAUUUUCAAGGAUUUUGCUGCAGUGGCUCUUCUGAUUUCUGAUUUCGGGAAAGCUAUCAGUGAUAGCGCAUACCGGAACAUCUGCGCAUACGGCAAGUGUGCUAAAGAAGAUAUCGACGUCGAUCAUCGAUGCACUAAGGCGACGUAUGAAGAAGUCAAGUGGAGCGCAAUUGCGAUUCUGUCAAGACUCACGCAGACAGCAUAUACGGCGAAGAACGUCAGAUUCUUCUUCAGUAUGCUCAAAGUCAUCAUGCAAAAGAUUUCCGAGAUUCUGUAUCUGACCUACUACGAUGAUGUCUAUCUGCCUGGGAGCCUUCUGAGCUAUCCGCACUACGUCGAAUCUCUCCCACAUUGGAUGAACCUAGCUUCUCUCGGAUUGGUCGUGGGCCAUGAGAUCGGUCACGCGAUAGACAAGUACAUCGCUCAUCUACCGACAAGUGAAGUGGAGGGAGACGACAAGCUGGAAGUUUACAAGAAUGCCGGAUAUCGAGCAGCUCGGAAAUGCUUCGGCACUCAAUUCAAAGUUCCGGGAGCAGUAUCGGGGUACCUCUUCGCGGCGGAGGCCUUGGCCGAUAAUUUCGGCUUCAAGCUCUCUCUACUGGCCUACAAAGUGUUCGAAAAAUUGUUCCCAGACGAGCCCGCUAUGCCAGACAUCCACGGCUUGAGCCGCAAGCAACUAUUUUUUGUGAACUCGGCCAUGAUUUUCUGCAAGGCAUCCACGGAUACCGCCAUACCGCGGUGGGACAAACAUGCACCAGCACAUUAUCGCAUCAACUUGGGUCUUUCCAACAUGGAAGACUUCGCCGAGGCUUUCAAUUGCAAGCCCUCGGAUCCAAUGGUUGCGAAGGAACCUUGCAAUGUAUGA